CCACCUUCCUUACACUUUACAAACACAGCCUUCUAAGUCCCAAGUAACUUUUUUUCUUCAGUCACAAUGUUAAUGGCUCUCUUCAAUUUCAGAAUCGGACGAUCAUCGGCAGAAAACGAAUCCCCAUCGCCGUCCCACUACCAUGCAGCCGUUUUGCCACCCGAACUGCCGAUUCAAAACUGCGUUGUUUCGCCAUACUACCACCACCUGAGUGGACUCCACUGGCGUGACCGUCGGGUACUAUACACGGCCUCCUUGUUGUUAUUAGCCGCCUUGUUGUUCAUCUUCUGGCCGUCCGAUCCCGAAGUUAAGAUCGCACGGUUGCACGUAAACCACAUGCAAGUUCACACAGCUCCGAUCGUAGCAGUGGAUAUAUCUUUGGUGAUGACUUUGAAAGUGAGGAAUUGGGAUGUGUAUUCAAUGGAUAUCACCAGGUUCGAGGUGGCGGUAGGGUACAGAGGGAAGACACUGGGGCACGUGACAUCGGAGCACGGUCACGUGAGGGCGAGGGGUUCGUCGUACGUGGAGGCAGUGCUUGAGCUUAACGGGGUUGAGGUGUUUUCCGACGUCGUUUAUAUGCUGGAAGAUUUGGCUAGAGGGACUGUUCCCUUUGAUACUGUUACGCAAGUUGUGGGCUGGCUUGGCUUUUCAUUCGUUAAAUUCCCUUUGAAGGCAAAAAUAUUAUGUGAAAUUGUGAUAAAUAGAACCAAUCAAGCUAUCAUCCGUCAAAAUUGUUACCAUUCAGAAAUGGACUUGGAAACAGUAGGUGGAUAUCCGAAAUGAACUCGAAUGUGGACCGGAUUGGAUUUGCAUUGGAACAGUGCUGUGGAAGCUGAAAGGUUCAUCAGUGUUGCAGAGCUGUAAAUAUUGAAAGCGUGUUUGAAUACAUACAUAUACAUAUAUAAAUGAUUUUGAUGCAAUGAUGAAUGUUUAUAAAUUGGAUUUUUCCUAUAAUUUUAUGGGUAUUUAAUAGUAAAAUGAAUCCCAUUUAUACCAAAAGUUACAUAGUUCAAUCAAAGGAUUAUUACCAUUUCAAUCACAAAUGCCAAAUGGAUUGAAUUCUUCUAAGUAAUUAUGUUGAGUCAGUCCCACAUAGGCUGGUGAAUAAGAUGAGAACCCUUGCACAUGUUAUAAAAGGAGAGAGAAUGCGCAAGGUGAAGGCAUCUUUGCGCUUGGGGCAAUGACGCAGCUAAUGAGGUUCUAACCGAGGCGCGUCUAUUGCUGGUUGAAAACUAUUUCCAAACCCCCUCUUAGACCUGGGUUCAGCCUUGGCCUUCGAGAAUUUCUGGAAGGGCUCCCUUCGGGGUAAAGCCCUACAA